AUGCAGAUACUCAACCCAUUCUGCAUCCUCGCAGUAUGUCUAUCGGCAGCAGUACGAGUGUUGGCACAAAUCGCCGACCUGGAUGGCGGCUUGCCCAUCAGCGAAUUGACCAAAGCGUCUGAUUCGUUCGUGUACCAAGUCUCCAACUCGGAUAUCUCGGCCUUUUCCACGUACCAACGUGACCACUUCACGUUAUUGGUGGUCACUUCGACGGACGAACGUCACGGAUGCGAAACAUGCGUCCAUUGGAAGUCGAUUCUUCGGAAAGUGGCCCUGGCAUGGUACCACGACUACCUUGACAUGAACUAUCUCUUCAUUGCAGAGGUGGAUAUUGUAGACGAGUCAAACAUGGGCUUGAUCAGUGCCAUGCAAUUGACGACUGUUCCACAGAUAUGGCUUAUUCCUCCCACGCACCUUGCAAAUGAGUACCGUGGUGAGCAGUACAAUGUGGGCAAGGAUGCGCUGAACUGGGUGAUGAAUGAUCUUGUAGGCGAGCCUCGCUCGAUAUAUCAGCUUCCGCACGUUCCUCUUGAAGAGCAGGCUUUCAAGUUUGCUGACUGGUUGGCCGGCUCUGUCCAGAAGCCCAUAAUGUUACGCCAGGAAAAUGCGCCCAUGAAGUUUGUAACCACGUUCGGAUUGACGUUUCUCGCCAUCAUGUUGGUCAAAAAGAAGGGGCCAUCCGUCAUUACGGAUUUUGUCUCGAAGAGCAAGGUGUACCAGGUCAUCUACUUCACCUUCUUGUAUCUUCUAUUGGGCGGGUUCAUGUUCUCGCUCAUCACACCAGUGCCAUUCCUUGCGAAGAAUGAUAAAAAUGAGGUCAUCUACAUUAGCGGUGGAAACUCGUAUCAAUUUGGUGUCGAGAUGGUCAUUGUUGGCGCGACCUACUUUGCCUUGGGCGUCUUGAUCAUUGCAUUGUGCUACGUUGGACAGUAUAAGGUCCGUAAAGAUACUAUCAUUAAAUCCGAAUCAACCAAAGGGCUUCUCGUCUUGGUUGUCAGUGGCGCGCUUUAUGUGGCCAGCAGUGUGCUCACCAGCAUCUGCUUAAGAAAGGACCAUGAGUACCCAUACCACUUUACCAAGCUCUUUUGA